AUGCCAGACAGAGGCUCUAACCAAGCCAAGGAUGCAAAUAUACAGCCGCCAUUGACUCCAGAGGAGCGUGUCAUCCUGCAGUCCUAUGUCGAACAAUGGGAGUCUGCUUCGGGUGAAGACCGGAAUCAGGUAUGGAAGGAUGCGACGCUAGAGGCUCGACUAAAGGCCCCGACCAAGGACAAACAGCUGCUCGAGAAACAAAAGAAGGUGUACCAAAAUUGGUUUCGCAAUCACAGAGGCAGGAAGCAGGACCAAAAACCCCCCAUCAAUAUGGGAAGGAGGUGGACUUACCGUUGGGUCGUCGACACACUCCGGAAACGGGAGCUGUUGAACAAGAUACAGGAUGACACAGGGGUAAAACCAGGAUCGAUGGAAAUGAUCCAGCAUUAUUCGAAGUAUUUGAGUGCGUUAAUAGAGUCUUUGACAGAGGAAGAAAUUCAGGAGGCCGUCAAGACAGCAGAAGAGUGGAACAGUCAGGGUGUUCCUCCCGAGGUGCAGAUAGACAUCGCCAAAAAGAAAAGCGAGAGCAUGGUCCACCACUUCGCCAGCAAGAUGUACAAACGGGCUGGAAUGAGGGUGUUUGUGCUGGCUGCAAGGAAGACAGAAGAGGGCAAGCUGUUGGUGACCGGCCAUGACUAUAACGAUGAGUUUGGUGGGGUGGAAAGUUUUACAAAGACCUGCGACUGGCAGGUCAUAUUGCCUGAGUGGGAGCCAUAUGUGACGAAAUUGUUUGAUGGUGAUGGUGAAGAUGAGUGCGUGGUGCAUAAGGCCGGGAGGAAGGACAACACAUACACGCUGGACAUAGGAGACAGUGGUGUCCCCAUCCUCCCAAACUAUGAUGAGAUGGACUCAGGAACCAGGAAGGCGGUGGUCCGAGCAUUUUUAAAUUGGCAUUAUGCCGCAUGUUCCGGGAGGCCCAAAGACUCUGUGCCAUGGAAGGAACUAUCUUCCCGACAAGAUGAAAUGCUACCGAGAAAGUACCUACCGGAUGGUGGAUGA